AUGGCAUCGGUCGUGAAAGUCCAGCCUCCUACGGAUGGUAACAUCAUCACGAUCCUCAGCAUUGAUGGAGGUGGAGUUAGGGGAAUCAUAGCUGCCACCAUUCUUGCUUCCCUGGAGUCUGAACUCGAGGAGCUAGACGGUGAGGAUGCCAGACUAGCGGAUUACUUCGACGUGAUAGGAGGAACGAGCACGGGCGGUCUAGUGACAGCCAUGUUGACCGCGCCUAAUGAGAAGAAUCGCCCUCUCUUUGCGGCCAAGGAUAUCAGGUCCUUUUACCUCGAGCACAGUCCCAAGAUUUUCCCACAGAAGAGAGGAUUGUGGGGGAGAGUAAGAAACUUGGUGAAGUCAUUGACAGGUCCCAAGUAUGAUGGAAAAUAUCUUCAUGGGCUAAUAAAGGAUAAACUUGGAGAGGCUCGUUUGCACGACACAUUGACUCAUGUCAUCAUUCCAACCUUCGACAUCGAGCGUCUUCAGCCCACCAUUUUCUCUUCCUAUGAGGUUGUAAGAUCUCCAUGUCUGGACGCUCGACUCUCGGACAUCUGCAUUGGGACAUCCGCCGCCCCGACUUAUCUACCACCUCACUGUUUCAAGAAUCAGGACGAUCGAGGAUGCACUCGCGAAUUCCACCUUAUAGACGGUAGUGUCGCUGCAAACAAUCCGGUAUUGGUGGCUAUAGCCCAGGUGUCCAAGGAGAUAGCCAACGCCAAUCCCGAUUUCUUCCCAAUUGGAGCGACGAACUAUGGACGAUUUCUUGUGAUCUCGAUCGGCACCGGUUCGCCAAAGAGAGAGCGAAAAUACAACGCCACAAUGGCCGCGAAAUGGGGAACCUUGGACUGGCUUCUUCAUGGCGGUUCAGUUCCGUUGGUGGAUGUGUUCACUAAGGCAAGUGCAGAUAUGGUGGACUUUUAUAUAUCUGCAGCUUUCCAAGCACUCCAUUUUGAAGACAACUACCUCAGAAUCCAUGAUGAUACAUUAACCGGGAAAGAUUCAUCAGUCGACAUCGCUACGAAGGAGAACUUGGAGAAUCUUGUGCGGAUUGGUGAAAGGUUGUUGAAGAAGCCCGUCUCAAGGGUAAACCUCGAAAUGGGGUUAUCCGAACCGAUCGCCAAAGGAAUAACCAAUGCUGACGCUCUAAAGAGGUUUGCUAAAAAACUCUCUGAGGAAAGAAGAUUUCGAGAGUCUCGAUCUCCCUACACAAAUAAAAGCUCACACCGAUGA